AUGGUCCAACAUCCAUGUCGUGUUGUUGGCCAGUUGCUCGACGCACUGGUCCAGGGUAUCAGUACGCCGGAGAGCACUCUUCAGUGUGUCGAACGGGUCCUCGGCAAACUGCCCCAGAGUGACAUCAUUUUGCCGGGAAGGAGUGGUACCGAGAAUGGCACGUUCUUGUUGAACUGGUUCAAGUACACAUUUAUUAAGGAGCAAGCUCACAAUGCUCUUCGAAAUGAAACGUGAAAGAUGUCACGUCUCCUUUUUUCAAGAUUUCUGUUUUGUG